CUGUUGAAGGCCACGCCACCUGUUGUCGAAGAAGACAGAGCACUCGUAGCGACUAAAUCAGCUAUGCAACUGAAAGUCUGAAAGGCUUCCGAACAACAUAAUUAAUCGCACGGUAUUAAGUGGCACGGCAAUGGUAUAAGCCCACGGACGGAAGAUUGCAACUUGUAUUUUGGGAGAUGGAAGUUGAAGUAGGUGAAGAAUUGUUGACUUGUGCGACCGACGACGUGCUUAAGUAUUCAAAAUACGCAAGAACGCAAAAAGUGAUGAAAUAUAGCAACAAGAGACGAGCAAAAUGUAAACAACGUUAUCUCAUCCUCUCGGGCAUCUUUCGGGUCGCUCUUAAUUUUUUUUCUAAUCGACGCAAAGAGUAUCAUAAUGCUUGUCAUGCUAAAACCGGAUCUGUUUUCGUUUUCACAUACCAUACAAGCACAGACAAUUGAACAUGCUAGCUGGUCUGUUAAAUCCGAAAACUGGCUCUCAUCCAGGGCACAAAAACCUGAUUUCGGAAACUUCAGUGAUCGUCUUGAUUUGACCAAUCUGCGUUAAACAGCACAUAUCAUUGCCAGAACCAUAAAAACUAAAUGCCCAAGUCUGUGUGAAGAAUUCGUAAAUCGUAACGUGGCGUGUACGAUGUUUGCAUGUGUUCCGGUUUUGAAGUUCAGAAUAACAGCGAAUGUUGCAACACAAGAAGAAGAAGAAUCGUCCAAACUGUUCGUUGCGUUACAGUUUGUGUUAGUUACUGAGUGCACGUGAGUUGAGCAGAAGAUUCUUAACUCGAUAAACCCUGAAGCCCUGCCCAACUGGCUGACGAAUUAUAGAACGCAUGUUUCAGAAUCAGUCUUCGUCUAUCUGCUGAGUUUGAAUGUCCAUGGCACACGUUAGCAAAUGUUUACCAGCAAACGUCGCUUAGUAGAGAAUUCUUUUACAAUGAACAAAUAGUCAUGCACAUUUAAACUCUUCGCUCACUAAACAUUUCAUUCGUUUCACACUUCAGACUUCAGUGCAACCAUGUUGUGGAAAGGAAUCUCAACUAUUUCCCAGUUUUCUGUUGUGCUGUUUUGGUUAGCAACCAUAACUAACGGGAAAUCGAGUAACGCGAUAGUUGGAAGCGAAACGAGACAAAACCUGUUUUAUCGUCCUUUUCUAGACGAUUCAAAAAUAUCUCGUUACGCUAAAUGGAAAUUCCUUUGGCCUAGGAAGCUAGUUCUCUCAACAAAUAAAACUGUUAUUCCCGAGCGAUCAGCAGCAAAGGAUGAAGACGUCUCAUCGCUAAUAUUAGGACCCUCUUCAGCAACAUCACUAGAGGAAAUACCAAAAACUAAGGAAGAUGGCGCUAAACAAAGUGAAUUCUCUUCAUCUACAAAUUUGGUGGGCGGGGGAGGGCUUCAGCUUUUCGGAAUUACCGAAUCCUUCGUGAACCCAGGAUCCCUGAUUUCCGCAUCUAUUGAAAGCGGAUUACAGAAACUGUCGGAGCUGGCAGAUUCGUUUGGUAAUAAAACAUCUCCAUCCGUGACGAGCGGGGCGCCGGCACAGUUCUUCGGCAUUGCCAAUUCGGCUGGGAAUCCAGAAACAUUACAAGAAUUAUCCCAAGAUUUCUCUUCUAAACCGUUUUCAAAUAUCCCUGCCAUCCAAAAUGGAACAGUUGCACAGUUUUUUGGUAUUGCAAAUAUAUACGUUGGAGAUGCAAGCUCGCAAGCCCAGUCAUUCUUAUCAGAAUGUCCUAUAUGCCCCGUACCAACUGUCGGAUGUCCAGCCCCUGCAGCACAUGAUAUUGUAACUCUUAGCGUAGCAGCAUGCGAGUCUAUUGCCCCACUGGGGACGUGCUCAGCGUCUUCCGUGGCACCGACUGGCACACUUUUCGUCUUAUAUCCAGUUGCCUCUAGUAGUCCUAGAAAAUUUGUCACAAAUCAUUUUCGAAGAAAAAAGAAAAAGAAGCGUUUUCCCGCUGCGAAGGUCAGCACUGCAAUCAUUAGAAUAGUCGGCUCAACUCCUGAGACAAAAAUCACAGUGACGUGUCCUAAUAUUCCUCCCGGUAUUACUGUCACAACGCAAAGUGGAUCCGUAUCGCCAUACAAAUCUAGAGAAAAUACAGGACACGUCCAACUUGAAGUGUCUGGUAGUGCAUCACCAACGGACGUUGCCGUCGCUUGUGUAUGGAAGUCCGUUUCGUAGAAAAAAAAAAAUUAAAUAAAAAACAGUUCUGUAUUGAUUGAAAAAAAAAAAAAAAAAGCUAGCAAGCCAAAUAAAACUGACUAUGAGAAAUAACAUGCAUUUUUUUAUUUUCAAAAUACACAAUGUUUUACAA